AUGCGGCUUUUGCUGAUCUUUGUCUUGAUCCUCGACUUUCUGAACCACGGCUUCAACCUUGACGGCAUCGAAGCGCAGGAAACAGAGGAGGCAGAGAGCGUUAGCCCGUGCGCGCUGGCAUUGGCACCGGAAGGGUGUAGCACCACUGACAAGUGCUCAGCUGCGAAGCCUUUUGGAACUCCGCAUUCGAAUCAGCCCAAGAGCCCCAGGGGCCAAGCCAACCAGCAGAGCAGCAGCUGGUCCUGGGAUUGGACAGAGGAUCAACCAAGGCGUGGACGAGGAGCCAAGAAGAACUCCAACACAUCGGCUUGGACGAGAAGUGCCAGUGCAAGGGCACGUGCAAACAAGGGCAAAGGCAAGGCCAAGGGCCGUGGCUCACAGGCAGAUCUUCCCUCGCCCUUUGCUCAGCCGACAGCACCUUGGCCUACGAACGAAACCAGCCACAAUUUUCCUCCGCCCUUUCCACAGCAACAUCCUGGUCCAGCGCAAGUGCAUCAGCCUUCAGAUGGAUACGAUGCCGAGCUGGUUCUUGCCGUGAAGGAACAGUACCCAGAUAUUUCCAAGGCACCUUUGCGCAUUCAGCAUGCGGUCGCCAAGGCAGAACGCACGACACCCAAACAGCUGCAGACAGGGCUGCACAAGACUUCACAUGCUGUGGGUGGCGCAGCAAAGGAGCUCAAGAAUCUGAAAGAUGCCAAGAUCAAGCACAGGGAGCGUUGGUUGAAGCACCUGCACGACUCUGUCCAGAGCUGGGAGUCGCAGACUUUGGAGGAUUUGAACAAGAAGGCUGCAGGGCACGACGAUGCCGAUCAGGAAGCUGCAGAGCAGGAGGAACAGACGCAGGUGGACGCAGAGGUCACGACUAUGGUCCAACAAGUCCAACAACUACUGCAGGCCUGCGCCAAGGCAGCGAUCAAGGAAGAGGUCAUGGAGGUGUCAGACGCAGAGGAGGCUCUCGCUACACCUGCUCCCAAGCGACCAAGAUCUAUGGAGCCCUUUGGUGGUGGUGGUGCCUCAGCCACCACGCCAGCACAAGACGCACUUGACCUCAGACCUGAUGCCUAUCAUUUAGAGCCUGGCUCUUUUGGUGCAGCAUGGUCUGUUGGAGUGCCACCGUCCUUUACAACAUCACUUACGGCUUGCCAUAGCGCUAUUUGGGAUCCCAGUAUCUUCUUUGUGGACACCUUUGCAGCAUUGGGGAACGCAAUGAUCCUGCGAGGAGAGUUGAUUUUGACCGCAAACCCCUCGUCUUGGGCAUCAGCCUCAACCCCUGCUCUUUCUGAACACAAAACUAUCCUUUCGAAAGGUUCCAAAAAGGCCACUUCUUUGUCGGUUCGAUUUUCCAAUGUCAUUGAGUAUGUCGACCCUAUGGGUGAGACUGGCUUUGAUGAGAUGAGCUUGAUGGCACGGCAGGCCUCCGCUCAAACUUCACCCAGUACGCCAACGGUUGACUCGGACUUUGAAGUGCAUCCACCAUCCUCACCUACAUCUUUCGAUGGAGACCGCCUUUGGACUUCAGUGCAGGUUUUCGACAUGCAUCGUAACCACGCCAGAGGCCGAGUUCAAAUCCAACCACCAGAAGCUACCUUUGCAGAGAUGCGCAGAUUGCUGGGGUUUGGUCACCACGAGGUAGCAGAGAUUUUCCAAAUCACUCCCUCACCUGGUGAUUUGAGCUUUGCGCACAUCAGCCCCAUGCUCAUUCUCUGCCAUGACGACCUGUAUCAUGGAGAUGACCGAAAGGCCGUCCUGAUUGACUUGGAACUACAUGGUGAGACUAGUGAGUCGAUCGUUGAGACUGAUCGUUACACCACUUUUCUGCCAGCCUUUGUGCAUCGUGACCUCUUGCUCCGCAUUGCUGGUGUUGCUGCUUUUUGUACCCUUCAAGCGGAUCGUUGUCUCGUUUGGCACAAAGGUGAACUUGAAGAACAGGAUAUUGCGACUGGAGAUUAUCUGGAGGAAGUUUUGGACCAGGUUGAGAUCAACACAUCCAUCAACAAUCUGGUCGCUCUCUUUGGGGAUGAGCAAAGCACGUUGCAAACCUCAUUCCGUGCUAUCCCAGAUUUUCUUGCUACCUCACCUCCUGAAAUGCCGUUUGAGCUGGACAAAUGUAGCUUCACGGAGGAAUUCCUUCAGGCCAUUCGGGUUCGAGAGCAAGCCCAGGAAUUUGCCCAAGAUGCACCACCUGUUCUGCCUGACAUUCGCACACAGCCACUGUUUGUGCAGCAACUUCAUGAAGCAGCACUCAGUAGCGCUAGCCCACCGCAAGCGGGGGAAUCUUUUGGCAGGAUUGAGAGUUGGUACAUCGACCAACAACGUCAUCGGCGAUGUCACCAUACGAGGAUUGUGGAGCUGGGGCCUGACUUCCGCACUUGGGAGCAGCAGCUACGUCUUGAGUGGAUUGACCACAUUGACACCAACAUGCCAGUUGAGUUCUUCAUCGUGCAACCGACACCCGAAGAUGCAGACCCGACAACUCUGUCUCAGGUUUUGUUAGUGCAAAGAGCCGAUGAUCAACAACGCACUAUUGUGCUUUCAAUUUAUGAUGCCGCCUAUGACAAUGGGCAGGCGCAUUCCCAUGCCGUGGUUGUACCUCAUCGAGUUGACCUACGAGCCUCUAUUGAGAUCGCUGACUUUGUGGAACAUUGUCCUCCCAUUGCUCCAGCAAAUGAUUGUCAGCUCUGGUAUGGAUCCCUGCUGAUUCCUGCACAUCAACAAAUCAUUGUGAGGCAUGGAUUCGCGCUCCGAUUGACAGUGCGACGACCACUGGAAAUUGAUGUUCGGGCUUUGCAAUCUCUACCCACUGAGGAGCAACGGAGGAUCUUGUCACAAGCACUUCUUGAUGCGGAGCAAUUCCCACCUGCGACCACCACUUCAACUGAUGAGCUUUGGCAACCUGACUGGGUCAACGACCUUGAGACAGCCUUUCACCAAGUUGCGCAUGCCGAUCUGAGGAAUGAAGGCUCCUUUGCAUUUGUAAUGACUUGGUACCUCAACGGCCACUCUGGUACUCGAAAUGCUUCACCACGGAGGGUGCGAAUUGGGGCCUCGAUCAACACUUGGGAGCAGGUCCUGCAAGAAGCCUGGAGAGACAGAGUAGACCCUCAACGGCCACUCUUCUUUCACUUCGUUGAUCCCAGACCUCCGGGAUCGGGUGCGGAGCGCUUUGCCGGCCAUAUUUUAUUGGUGCAGCAACCCAUCUCUAACUAUGCGGCAAUUCUCCUUUCCACGUUGUACCCACCUGAUGUGAGAGAAGAAACCCAACAUCUUGCUGUUUACACAUUGAACCGACUUCAUGCGAACUCGGCCAUUGCGCUCUCCUUGUUGCCUACUGGAUUGCAAGAUCGCAAUGUUAUUGUUCGGCGAGGGAACCAGAUCUUUCCUCUUGAAGGAGCACCCAGGGUUGGUGACGGGGACUGCAUUGUAGUUGAGGUUUUACCGAUCGCUGCACAUGAUGACGGGCAAGAUGACAGCUCGUGGCUCCAAACUGAGUUCAGCAAGACCUUUACUCAAGUUCCCUCCUUUCUCAAGAGCGCCUCUUUCGACCAUCAGUUGAAACUGGACGGCUAUGUGGAGCCACCUUGUCUACCCACAGUGAGCAUCAGCGGCACCGACACCCCAGACACUCAUAUGGUGUACUUACCUGAGGGAUUGUUUGGAAUGCGGGAAGCCUUCUCCCUCAAUGCUGCCACUGCACACGAGGAGCAAGGACCUGUUGCCACAGUAGACACUUGGUUCCUCAGUGGAGCACGGCCGUAUGUUACUGAACAGUCAAGAGCCCUUGAAUUGGACCAGGACAUUGUGGACUGGGAACCUCGGCUUCGGAAUCUUUGGAGGGACACCAUCGGCCCACUCGAGACCUGCUUCAACUUGCCCGAGUAUGUCUUGCCAGACAUUGCACGCUGCGUUUUGGCAGACACACCUGGAACCCACAGGACCAUUUGGAGGUCCCACCUGGCGCUGGGCUUGAAUUCCUUGUAG